GGGAGACACAGAAGUGUGGGAGAUUCCAAAUUUUGGACGAACUAAGGUGUCACUACAUCUAGAAUUUUUAUUUAACACACACCCAAAUCUUGCUGAUUACGAGUACAAUGCAACACACUAUGAGCCAACUCCGCCGAGCGCUUUGCUUCGCUCCCCGCAAUGUUAUAUCCUCAGCUCUUUCCACCAGCAUUCAUUCAUCGCCAUCGAUCCACUCCCUAGUUGAUCUCAAAGUAAAUUUUCACCGACUUCUCAAAUAUCCGUGGUCCACAGCCCAAUAUAGAGGCUUUAAAUUGAACGGUGCCGAUGUGAAGCCAGGGAAUGUUAUUCAGAGAAAAGGAAAGAUUUAUCAGGUGGUGAAGGCUCAACAUACUUCACAAGGAAGAGGAGGAGCUAUUGUUCAGAUGCAUCCAUACUUUUGAAGAAAGCAGUGCAACUGGGAUUACUGACAAGAUUGGACUAUUGACAAGAAAUUUAAUCAAAUUUCUUUGCGUAGAGCUGCGGGACGUUGAUAGUGGAACCAAAGUGAAUGAGAGAUUCCGUACUGAUGAGGCAAUUGAGAGGGUAUUUGCUGCCGAAAAGACUUAUACAUACCUUUAUACUGAUGAUGAAACUGGAAAUAUUGUGCUAAUGGAACCUGAUACAUAUGCACAGCUGGAUGUACCACAACAUCUGUUUGGUGAUUCUUAUGUCUACCUUCAAGAUGAUAUGAAAGUUAGUGUGCAGCUGUAUGAUGAAAGGCCGAUGUCAGCAUCGAUUCCUUCACGUGUAACAUGCACCGUAGCUGAAGCUCAAAUUCAAGUGAAGGGUGCUUCAGUUACUCCUCAGUACAAGAGGGUUGUUUUGGACAAUGGUCUUACUAUCAUGGUGCCAGGACACAUUUUAUCAGGGGACAGGAUAGUAGUCAACACCACUGACAACACUUAUAUGUACAAGGCUUAGAGUGACUGGUCUGCCAAACAUCUAGAGUGACUAAUAAUAUUAUUUACAAGGGAUAAUCCUUCCCGCCUCCGACUUUCUUUUUAUAGAUCGAUGCACAUCUCAUUAAAGAGCAUCAUUAUAAUUAUUUUGCAUUUACCAUUAAAUAGAAUUCAUUUUAAUUCUUACCAAGUAUUCAUUAGACAUGGAUCUGUGAAAAACUUAUGCACAUUUGAUUAAAUACUUGACGUUCUAUUGUCAAGCAUUUAUUACACUGAUCCGUGAAAUAUAUAGACAUAGUACCAAACGACAAGUCAGACUGUCAGAGUUAGCUUCCAC